GCCGCGCCCACGCCCUUCACAUUCAGUCGGACGAAAUGUCACUCACUCAGCCAGCCAGCCACCUCUUCAGCCGCACUUCAGUCAGUCAGUCAGGUCAACAAACACAUAUAUCGACGGUCCGUGCACUGCACUCACUCACGGACCAACCAACGUGCACAUGCUGGUUUAUCUAUCUCUUCAUUCACUCGUUCAAUUCAGUCAUCGGUUGGCGGGCAGGUCGUGGAAUGAGACCGACAGGCCCUGCAGGAAGGUGACGUAGUCGAUCUGCGUCAGGUCGGCCUGCGGCUGCACGAAGGUGAUGCACCGCUCGACAUCAUCCAAAGGAAACUCGUAGCCUAGUAGACACUCAACAGACACACCGGCGUUCGUGUCUCCCUCCCUCCCUCCCUCCCUCCCUCGCUGUUGGUGUGACUGUGUGCUGUGCGUGCGGACCGACCGAUGUUCUUCAUGGCUUGUUGGACUUGCUGCGAAGUGACGUGUUUCUUGGUUGUCAUCAUGACAAACUCCUUCAGCAGCUUCGUCAAGGUCUUGUUGUGCGCAUAAAACACCGACCUGCACAGCACAGAGAGAGACACAUCCAUCGAGGAAGGAAUGGGACAACCAACCAGACAGACAGACAGGCAGGCGGGCUUACUGAAUCUGCCUAACGGCGCUGCGUGUCUUUUGUGCCUCCUUCAGGUCGGCCGUCGACUGCUGCACCUUGUCAGCGUACUGCUCGUCGGGCUGGAUGGCCAUCGGCGACAGGCGACAGAACGCUCCAUGGCUCAUCUCAUCUACGUGGCCAUGCUUCGCUGGUUCAUUGCCUACCGUGGUCCGCACUGGGAAUUUUGUGUGUGUGUGGAGCAUUUCGCUUGACCAGUCCUUGUCGAGCAGCACGUCACAGAACUCCGUGUACGUCACCUGGUUGGGUGGAUGGAGGCAUGAUUGAUCACUUGUGGAGAGAGAGAGAGAGAGAGAGAGAGAAUUGUUUCGACUGUUUGCCUGACCUUUCCGUCUUGGUUGAGGUCGAAGUGGCGCAUGACGGCCUGGAUCUCCUGCAACCAGACAAAACAGCACUCUUGUGUCUCUCUGUGUCUGUGUUAUGUUGUGCGCGUCAGGCCCCCACGCACCUCAUCAGGCAGGUUGAAGGCGAAUUUCUGCAUGCCCUUCUUGAACUCCUCAAACGUCACCACACCAUUCUUGUCCUGCACACACGCACGCAUGUCAGCUACCCGACCGACCCAUCGGUCCUCCCUCUCUCCUCCCUCCUCCCUGGCCUCGUUACCUGGUCGAAGAGCCUGAACAUGUCUCUGACAAGAGGUCGCUGGUUCUUGACGCCCUCCCGCAGCUUCUCCACCACCGAUGUGACGUCGGUGUUGGGGUAGGGGGGCGGCUCCUCGUCCAGCCACUUUCGCGUGUACGUGUCCAUGCCCUUGACGUCGAACCAGUAACCGCUCACCUUGACGCCGUCACUGCAUCACACACCACACACACACACACACAAGGCCGGCCGGUGGGAGCUGGGGCGGGUGCUGACCCUUCCUGGAAGUCGCGCGGUCCAAAGUUCUUGCCGGUUGCCUCGUUGAAGUACUUGCCCCGCUGCAGGAAGCGGCCCUGCACAAUGCCAGAGUUCCUAUACGCCACACAUACAGGACAGGAUGAUCAGCCAACCACAGACAUACAGACAGACAGACACACAGAUGUGAUGUACCUCUUUGGGGGCUCGUGAAUCAUGAGAGUGUCGUCUGAGAGGUAGAAGGCGAUCACGAACUCCCUCUCACGGUCCUCAGGCUUGGGGUCGCGCAGCUUGGCAGUGAACCGCAGAAUCUACCAUACCAUCCACAACCACAGACACCCACUGGUCUCUCUCCCUCCCCGGUGUGCAUUGCAUCAUGUGUGUGCGUACAACGCCGUCGUUGUCCAUCAUCUUCUGGAGGUCCUUGCGGGGCGGUUUGGGCAGCAGCGACUUGACACAUGCCAAGGAGUCCUCCUGAGUGCCGUAGCCGGUGGGCGGCGGGGUGGGGCGCCGCGGCCACGGCUGCUGCGGCAGGUCCAUCUGGAUGCGCGGCUGCAGCUCGACGCCCAGCUCCUCCCUGCAAGUUUGUGCUGUGCGUGUGUAUGGGGUGUGUGUCUGUGUGUGGGUGUAUGGGUGUGGCUAUGUCUCUGGUUGAUUGCCUGAAGUAUCUUCUGGUGAACUCGUCGGCGUCGAAGAUGUGGAACUCAAAUUUGAGCAGCUUCAUCGUCUUGCCCACCUGCCAAGCCACCACGGCACCCACCGAUAGAGCGUCUGAGUGGUCAUGUCUGUCCCCCAUCCCUGUGUGUCAAGGUGGGAAGAGCUGAGCUGACCAGGAAGUCGGUGACCUUGACGUAGUCUUCGGCUUUGGGCAUCGUGGCCAUGGGACUGCCGAAAUCCAUCUUGUCUGAACACGGUGUGCAGCCAUAAGGGAGACACACGUGAGAGCGGAUGCAGUGCAGUGGUGCAGUGGUGCAGUGGUCACCCCUCGGGAGUUUCCGUCUUCGGAAGAAUAUGGGGAAGCUGUCACGGCCACAGUUGUUGGGGUACAUCUCGCGAAUUUCCACCGAAUUGUCGCUGCACGUUUAAACAACGGCAUGGCGUGUUUGUCGUGCCAGUCAGUUCCACUGUGUGUGUGUGUGUGAGUGAGUGAGCGAGGUGCCCACUGACGCGAGGAAGUAGAGGAUGACGAAGGGGCGUCUUUCGAAGAUGGGGGUCGUGACGUCAUCCAUCAUGGCGUAGAAGCGACACACCUAUGAGACAGACGUGCAGGCAGGCAGGCCAUCGUGACUGACGGUGUCUCCCUCUUUUUGUCUCUCCCGCUACACUGCCACGUGGUGUGCGCACUUUGCCGUCGAGCUCCAGGAACUGCUGCAUGUUGGCAUUGAUGUGCCCGCCACCCAGCUGCACCUCUCGGUAUCUGCACAUCCGCACACACACACACAGACAGGCAGGCAGGCAGGCACAGAGGGAGACAGGGAGAGGGAGGAGAGGGAUGUCAUGAUGGUUGGUGCCAUGGUACUUGUCAUCCGACCGACCUCUUUUCGUAAGUGAUGGGCAUGUGCGGGCUCCUCUUGUCGAGGAAGAGGCGCUUCUCAAGCACGGGGUCGCCCUGCAUGGGCAUCGACUCGGGCUGCGGGAUGCCCUCGUGGAUGUAAUACGCCUGCAACACACACACAGGCAGGGGAGGGGCACUGGCGAUGCCUCUCAAAUAAUGCCUCUCUCUCUCUCCCCGCUUGUGUGUGUGUCAGGCAAUAAAUACGCACCCUUGUGAAGUGGUCGCAGUCGGUGACCAUAAAUGUCUUUCCGUACACAGUGAUGGGGCGGCCGAUACGCAGGUCUUUAGGCGUGAAGUACCGGCCCGUCUUGUCGCUGUACGGAAUCCUGUGCCUCCGCACCAGCACCCCCUGCACACAGAAGAAAGAAAGACCCAUGUUUCCCUCCCUCCCUCCCUCCGAUCCCUCCAUUAACCAACCUGUGGAAUGCCGCUGUUAUCAACUUUGGGCUCGCCGAUGUGCACGGUGUCGUCCUCGAGGUAGUAGAAGAAGACGCAUCGCCGCACCCGCCAGUUCUCGAGGCCCGACUCGUCCACGGGUUCCUUGUAGUAGCCGUAGAACCGCAGCACCUGCUUGUCCAGCGCCUCCCACGCCGGCAGGUUGUCGUACUCCUUCUCGGCCGUGUUAAAGAUGGCCCGUGUUGUCGACAAAGGCAGCUCCUCGCCAUUGCGCCACUGGUUGGGGGGCCUGGCCAUGCAGCCACACACAGGGAGGGGAGAAGCGUCAGUGCAAGGUUGCCGUAUCGGUCUUGUGUUGUGCUGUGGCUCCUCUCUCUCUCUCUCUCCCUCUCUCUGACUUUGGGACUUGCACAAAUCUUGGUCUGUCGUGUGUGUAGCCCUCGUCGAACUCCACCCGCUGGCCGCCGGCAUAGCCCCACCGCUGCAUCUUGUUGUUCUUCUGCAGCACCAUUGAACCAACACAACACAUGCACCGACAAUCCAGUCCUCUCCUGUCCUGUCCUUUUGCUCAUUUGCACUGUGCGUGUGCACAGGAGCUGUGUGACGUACCUCUUUGUGUUGUGGGAGUGUGAAUCCGGGGAGGCAUGGAACUGCAGUGAGGUCGAGCGGCGUGGUGCCCGCGGUGCCGGGGCCCCUGGUGUUGGCGCCCGUCGGAGUCGGCACGUACUUGGCCAUGGCGGAAACAGCACGCCUUUCAAAAGACGGGGGGCAAGGGGGGGCCGCGAGCGCGCCGAGCAU